AAAAUGCUGUAAAUGAUGAUGUUGAGAUUGAAUAUGGGAAAAUGGGAACUUGAUUUUGACGAUCCGUCGGAACCGCAUGAUGUACAAUUUGUGGACGUGUAUGAUAUUGAUGCUGAAGAAGAUAAUUAUGAAGACAAAGUUUGUAUUGUGGAUAACGAAGGUGGAAAUGUAAACUUAAAUUACAAAAGAAAAGCAGUUGAAUUUUGGAACAGUGGAAAAAAAGGACAUUUAGCUAUUACUGCUGUACAGAAUCGUUUUAGAAAGGUAAAAUCUGUUUCGCAAUUGCAUAGAUGGGAAGAAAAUGUAAUGCGCGGAGGGUCAAACAGGGACAAACUUGUAUUUAUUGCCGAGUAUGUACUAUCGCAAUUCCAAGAAGCUAUUGAUAGAGGACCUAUCAUUCACGACAUAGAUUUGCGAAAAUGGGCAUUACAAGCAAAGGAGCAAAUAGACUUUCCUUCAUUUAGAGCAGGAAAUUGGUUCCUUAGAGUUGAAUAUUUCAUUCAUCUUUCCAGUCUGCAGUUCGCAAACGGUGCGUUUCCGGACAUGAGUUCCUUAUUAAAAGUCGAUCUACUUUGA